CUUGAUGGUGCCCGAAAAAAAACCAUUGAUGUCAGGAGUGAGGGGCUCUCUCAACCAAAAACGUACCUGUAAAGAAGGCAUACCUUUUACAAAUCGAGGAAAAUGCAGAUGAAAAAUAUCGACCGGCUUGAGCUGCCGCCUACGGCGGACAUGCAUGUCCACUUACGGCAGGCUGAGCUCAUGGAGUUGGUAGUUCCCACCGUGAGGAAAGGUGGGGUUGAUACGGUCUUUGUCAUGCCCAAUCUUGUGCCUCCCCUUACGUCUGUUGAGAAGGUGCUUGAAUACCGAUCUCAGCUGCACGCCAUAACCCAAGAUGUUCAUUUCCUCAUGUCACUCUUCCUUCAUCCCUCCGUCACGCCUGAGGUGAUCGCCCAAGCCGCAGCAGCUGGAAUCACUGGCGUGAAGAUGUACCCUCAAGGGGUAACAACUAACUCCGAGUCUGGUGUUUCAAAUCUUGAGGCCUUCUACACCACAUUCGCUGCCAUGGAGAAGCAUGGGUUAGUGCUGAACCUCCACGGAGAGGUUCUGGAGUCGCUUGCACCAGCAGACACAACGCUGGAAGAAGCGUUCCUUCCAACCCUCAAGACGCUCCAUGAGCGGUUCCCACAGCUGCGCAUCGUGCUCGAGCAUUGUACUACCGCAGCGGCUGUAGAGGCUGUGCGGGCUUGCGGACCUACUGUUGGCGCGACAAUCACUGCCCACCACCUCUACCUCACCUCCCACGAAGCCUGCUGCGACCCCUUCGCCUUCUGCAAGCCGAUCCCGAAGAAGCCCACGGACAGAGACGCGCUGGUCCGGGCCGUUGUCAGCGGCGACACCAAGUUCUUCUUUGGAAGCGAUAGCGCCCCGCACCCCAUCCAGACCAAGACUUCGGCCGCGCAGGGUAAAGCGCCGGCGGGGGUGUUCACGCAGCCGUUCGCGACGCAGCUCGUCCUACUAGCCCUCGAGGAGGCGAUCGAGCGCGGGGCGAUCGUGGAGGCGGAUGUGACGCAGGAGAAGCUGGAGGGAUUCCUCAGCCGGUCUGGGCGGCGGUUCUACAAGCUGCCCGAGGUUUCGGAGAAGGGGAAGAUUGUACUAGAGAGGAAGGGGGAGAAGAUACCCGCGAGUGUGCUGAGUCAGGAUGGGAAGGCUGAGGUUGGGAACUCGAGGGUCGGGGCGGAGGUGUUCAGCUUGAGGUGGGAGGGGGCGUGAUGGUUGGCUGGGUUGGAGUUGAAAAGUGUGGACGACGUAAAAAAAUGCAUGGCUGAAUAUAUACACACUUAGACUUCGGGAGCUCAACUCUGGAGCCGGAAAUGGAUUUUUGGUGUCUUGGAGCCGCCCCUGAUUUAACGUUGUACGGAAUAUGUAUGCAUGUACUGCAUCCCCAGGGAGGUACCUGCACAGUGCCAAUGACAGGGGGAGAACCUCACGGGGAGUAUGAGCCAGGUUAAACUUGAGUUGCAAAGCAAACACGCAUCAUGCA